UAAACAGAGAAAGCUAAACAUACAUAGAGAGAAAAAACAGCUAUUUAAAAGCAAGAGUAAACAAACCAAACAAAAACAAAACAAAGUAAUUUUUUUUUCUUACAAAAACAAAAGAACGAAAUAGAGAGAUCUUGUGUUUUUUCAACGAAAGAGUUUAAGAUUAAAAGAGAGCCAUUAUGUUUGGUUCACAUAAUUUGGGAGCAAACAGCUCUUUACAGAGCAAUAUUAUUAAUAAAAAUAACAGCAACAACAACAUGAGUAAUGCUAAUGACAAGAAAGCCGGUCGUUAUGGUGUUGGUGACAUUAAUACGACAGCAGGAACAACAACAACAGCAGCAGCAGUGAAUACAAUAGCAACAAUGAGUGGUGGAAAUAGAAUUAAUGCAAAUUCAAAUAAUCUACAACAACAACAACUCUAUCAGCCAUCGUUUAUCAACUCUACAACAAAUAAUAGUAAUAGUAUUGGUGGUGCUAGUGUUGGUUUUAUGGGAGCAGCUCAGCGGCAACAACAACAACACCACCACUCUACUAAUAUUGUUGGCUGUGGUGGAGCUGUUAAUAUUUCUUCCACGGCUGGCAGUAGCAGCAAAGUAAAACCAGUAAAUUCCCCGAUCGUUGGACAAACGCAUUCAGUUGAAGGUGGAUCGCGUGCGCAGACGGUUGAUAGUCAAGCGACUAAUUAUAAUUUUGAAAAUCGUACACACAACAGUAACAACAACAAUAAUAAUAGUAGUAAUAAAAAUCAAAAAAUUAUUUUAAAAACGCCCGAAUAUUUAACGUCAUCAAAUCAAUUAAACGAUAAAUUUGAACAAAUUAAUUUGAAUACGACACAACAACGACAACAAAACAGUGUUGCAACAGUGCCACAACAACAACAAACCUAUUUUAAUAAUCGUAAUAAUUUGCCAAUUAAUCAAAAUUUCAUUAAUUGCAAUACAAAUACUAAUUUAACAAAUAAUAAUUGUGCAAUUGUUGCUGGUCAACAACAACAACAACAACAAAUACAAAAUUACACAAAUCCCUUUCAAACGCAAGUGAAAACAAGUGAUUUUAAUAACAUAAAUACCAAUAACAACAAUACAAAUCCUUCAAGUGUCAUAAAAACUACAACAUUAAAUUUACCUGUGACAUCAUACGCCUUAUCUCAGCAGCCACAGCAACAACAACAGCAACAAUAUCCUGUUGAACAAAUUUAUUACACCAACGACAACAACACUUUAAACGACAACUACGUUUAUACUUUUAAUCCGCAGGAUCCCUACGACGAAAACUUUGACGAAGACAUGGAGGCUGAACGUGAUCUCGCCGAAGAUGCCCAAUGGAAGAAAAUCCAACAGAACACAUUCACCCGUUGGGCCAAUGAACAUCUCAAGACCAUCGAUCGUUCGAUCAACAGUUUAGAGAGUGAUCUCUCCGAUGGUUUGCGUUUAAUCGCUUUAAUCGAGGUGUUGUCACAAAAACGUAUGCCCAAAUAUAAUAAAAGACCAACAUUCCGUUCACAAAAAUUGGAAAAUGUUUCCGUAGCAUUGAAAUUCCUCGAAGAUGAGGGUAUUAAAAUUGUUAAUAUUGGUAAGUGAAAGAGAAUUUUAUGAAAUUUUAAUU